UCGACGCGUCGUGGGCAGCGCCGUCGCACGCGUACAGACUAUAUCCGAACCGCAACGAAUUCGGUAGUGACGAAGGUGUUGCCUGUUAAAAAAAAGGAUUUGCACUACGUCGUCUCCCUUUACGAUAACUCCGGCUGUGACAGAUAAACUAUUGCCACCUUCGCAUAAUCUGUGCUCAUUAUGACAUUUGCUCUUUGACAGCUACAUUGCGCGCGUAAAAUAUCAAUUCAAAUUGAUAUUAAUUAAUUUAAUAUUAAAAAAACUAUGCGGAUAGCGUUCGUUAGAUAAAUUAAAUUAUACCCACCCUUUACUUAACUUAUUGUGAUGGCGUCGUGGAAGUCAUGUGCGUGGAUAGUGACGAUAGUUUUGUCGAUUUUGGGGAAGAUCUCCGGCCUGGAUAAUGGGCUGGCCCUCACCCCGCCCAUGGGCUGGCUGGCCUGGGAGCGGUUCCGGUGUAACACCGACUGCAAGAACGACCCCGAAAAUUGUAUAAGCGACCGCCUGUUCCGCACGAUGACGGACAUCCUGGUGUCGGAGGGGUAUGCGGCGGCGGGCUACGAGUACGUCAACGUGGACGACUGCUGGCCGGAGCGAGAGCGCGACGCGAGGGGCCGACUCGUCCCCGACAGGGAGCGCUUCCCGUACGGGAUGAAGAGCUUGGCUGAUUAUGUGCACAGCAAGGGUCUGAAGUUCGGCAUCUACGAGGACUACGGCAACUUCACAUGCGCCGGCUACCCCGGGGUCGUCGGUCAUAUUGAGGAGGACGCUAACACGUUCGCCUCGUGGGACGUGGACUACGUGAAGCUGGAUGGGUGCUACGCGCUGCCGGUGGACAUGGACCACGGGUACCCGGAUUUCGGCCGCGCGCUCAACGCCACCGGAAAACAGAUGGUCUACUCCUGCAGCUGGCCCGUCUACCAGAUAUACGCGGGGCUACAGCCCAACUUCUCAUCGAUCAUCGAGCACUGCAACCUGUGGCGCAACUUCGACGACAUCCAAGACUCGUGGGCGUCCGUCGAGUCUAUCAUAGACUAUUACGGAAACCACCAGGACUCGAUCGUGCCCAACGCUGGACCCGGACACUGGAACGACCCGGAUAUGUUGAUCAUCGGCAACUUCGGUCUCUCGUACGAGCAGAGUAAGACGCAGUUCGCAAUCUGGGCGAUCUUGGCGGCGCCACUGCUGAUGAGCGUCGACCUGCGCACCAUCAGGCCGGAGUACAAGGCGAUACUGCUCAACCGCAAGAUCAUCGAGGUGGACCAGGACCCGCUCGGCAUCCAGGGCAGGAGGAUAUACAAGCAUCGUGGCAUCGAGAUCUGGUCGCGGCCGAUCCUGCCGGUCCAGGGUCAGCACUAUUCGUACGCGGUGGCGUUCGUCAACCGGCGGACGGACGGCACGCCCUCCGACGUCGCCGUCACGCUGCGAGAGCUGGGCCUCAACAACCCCUCCGGGUAUAGAGUCGAGGAUCUGUAUGAAGACGUAGACUACGGAGUGCUGUCGCCUCAGACCAAAAUCAAAGUGAAGGUCAACCCCUCAGGUAGUGUGGUGAUACUCCGUGCAGACGCGCAGCCGGCAUACAACUACAACGCCAUCCCAACACGCUCGCCAUACACCCCGCUCAACGACAUCUUUGGCCUGAGGAAGUGAAGACAAGACACCGACACGGCGUAGAGGGUUAAGUCAAGCCUUUAGAAAGAACAGUGAUAGUCUUAUAUGUAAAAGACCUUUUAUUAUAAGAACAAAGUCAAUCUCGACAAUGCUUAGGAUGUAUAGCGGGUAGACGAUCAAUCGCUUGAUGACUUAACCCCAAACCAGCCUCUGUCCUAACACAAGUACAACAAAUCGCUUACGACAUUGAUGCGAUACGACAAACCCAGUAUGAUCAAUGUUAAAACGAUAAGUCGGGAACGAUUAUGAUACAUUUUUUAUCAACGCAGGGAACUUUCGCGUUCAUUAAAACCAUAAAGUUAAUAUACCUAGCGGAAUAGAGAAACAAAGGCCUGAG